AUUCACAGAGAAAGAAAACAAAACUCGGAAAAAAUACCUGUAAUCCAGCCUGAAGUUUGUAAUGCUCAGUUUAGCUCUUAAAACCAAUAUGUCUGAGGAAUACAAAGCAAAGCAUAUGCUAUAUGCAUGAGUUUAAAUUUUGAUUUGCAGAAAGAAAAUACAUUUUUGUUGUUUUUGAAGCAUUUGUUCAUUAAACAUUUUUGUGCAGAAAUUAACUUGGAACUUUAAACUUUAAAAACCUGUUUAAUGGUUACUUUUCUUCUCUUCAAAAUCAUCACACACUUCUGAACGUAAGAAAGCAGAAGCAAUCCAACACCAUGGCACUGUGGGACACAGAGUUUGGAGUAAAGGGCAGCAGCAUCAUCAGAGAGUGGAGCGGUCAGGUCCAGCCGGCUCUCGUCGCUUCCUUCAUCUUUCUCUUCUGCCUGGAAGCCUGCCUGUGGGUCAGGAAUCUCAGGCACAAGAGAAGGCUGCCUGGACCCUUCCCCUGGCCAGUGGUGGGUAAUGCCAUGCAGCUGGGGCAAAUGCCCCACAUCACUUUCUCCAAACUAACUAAGAAGUAUGGAAACGUGUACCAGAUUAGAUUAGGCUGCAACGACAUUGUGGUACUGAAUGGACAUACUGCUAUCCGCCAAGCUCUGAUCCAGCACAGUGCUGCGUUUGCAGGAAGACCAAAUUUUGUUUCUUUUCAGAUGAUUUCUGGUGGCAAGAGCAUGACAUUCACCAACUACAGCACACAGUGGAAGAUACACCGUAGAAUUGCUCAGUCAACUAUCAGAGCUUUCUCUUCAGCAAACAGCCAGACCAAGAAAGCUUUUGAGCAACACAUCGUGGGAGAAGCCUUGGAUCUUGUCCAGGUUUUCCUGAGACUCAGUGCAGAUGGCCGGUAUUUCAACCCUGCUCAUGAACUGACAGUUGCUGCUGCUAAUGUUAUCUGUGCUCUCUGCUUUGGGAAACGUUAUGGACAUGAUGACUUAGAGUUCAAAACCCUUCUGAGCAGAGUGGAUAAAUUUGGAGAGACGGUAGGUGCUGGCAGCUUGGUGGAUGUCAUGCCAUGGCUUCAGUCUUUCCCAAACCCAGUGCGAAGCAUCUACCAGAACUUCAAGGAACUGAAUGAGGAGUUUUUUGCCUUUGUAAAAGACAAGGUGACCCAGCACAGGGAAACAUACAACCCUGAAGUGACACGAGAUAUGAGUGAUGCCAUCAUUAGUGUGAUUGAGCAUGGAAAAGACCAUGGACUGUCAAAAGAUUUUGUUGAAGGAACUGUCACAGACCUCAUUGGUGCUGGACAAGACACAGUGUCAACACUUUUGCAGUGGAUCCUGUUACUCUUAGUCAAAUACCCACAUAUCCAAACCAAAUUACAAGAGCAGAUUGAUAAAGUUGUGGGACGUGACAGGCUACCUUCCAUGGAGGACAAAAGCAGCCUGGCUUGCCUGGACGCCUUUGUCUAUGAGACCAUGAGAUUCACCAGCUUUGUGCCUGUUACCAUUCCCCACUCCACCACCUCAGACGUGACCAUCGAGGGUGUGCACAUCCCCAGGGACACGGUGGUGUUCAUCAACCAGUGGUCUGUCAAUCACGACCCACAGAAGUGGAAGGACCCCCAUGUCUUCAACCCCUCCCGGUUUCUGGAUGAAAAUGGUGUUCUUGACAAGGACCUGACCAGUAGUGUCAUGAUAUUCUCCAUAGGGAAGAGAAGAUGUAUUGGUGACCAGAUUGCCAAGGUUGAAGUCUUUCUGUUUUUUGCCAUCUUGCUCCACCAGUGUAGCUUCGAGAGCAACCCUUCCCAGGAAAUAAGCUUGGACUGCUCCUAUGGCUUAACAUUGAAGCCACUAAACCACUCUAUCUCUGCCAAGCUAAGGGGGAAGUUUUUAGGCUUGGUGUCACCAGCAUGAAAAGCUAGGAAUUGUUUCACUUAUCUUGUGACUCAAGGCCAGCAAAGACUUCAUGUUUGCCAGAGACAAACUGAUGACAUUUAACCGUGAGUAUUAGCAAAUGGGUUAACCCUUUUUCAAGAGUAACCAGCACUGAACGCCAUUGUCAAGAGAUUUCAUAUUUAAUAUUUAAUUAUUAUUCAGACACAAUUUAUGGAGAUUGUAUUUUUGUAGUCAAAAGUUGCUUCACAACAAAACUUCAGUUAUAAAAGAGGAAAGUGUUUCUUGUUGGGUGGUGAGAUCGAGUGUGUGAAGGAGGGCAUUAUCUGUGAAGUAUACUACUGUACAAUUGAACAAUUAAUUUCAGGGCUCUCACAUGGUUUCUUUAAAAAUGUUCACUGUUCUGCUAUGAAGAAUAAUUGUUCAGUAAUAUUGUCUUGAGUGUACUUUAUAUUCACUACCCUGCAUGUCCAAGUGAUUUAAAGUGCAGGAAUUAUAUAUGAAGUAAUACAAGUAAAAAUAUUUUUUUAAAUAUUCAGCAAAUUGUCAGUAUAAGCAUAUAUCACAGUAUUUAUCGUGACAGUGAACGUGCGUGUAUGAGUGUUUUAAGGCAACAGCUGUAGGCAAAUUUAGUUUAAGAAUUGAUUGGAUAAAUAACUUAGUAACACACUGUUUAUGUAUUUGUUUUGCCUUGAAGACUUGUAGAUUUGCCCUCAUAAUGAUGCACAUAUAUUGAUGUAUUUACCUAAUUCACAUGAAACAGUCACUAAAGAAUUUUAUGUAUAUAGAUAUAUAUUUUGUAUAAGUAUGAAAAGUUCGUUUAGCAACUCAAAGUAUUACACAAAAUGAACUGAAGUUCACUAUCUACUGUAAAUAAAAGCAAAUGGUGUUCUGGGAGAAGAUAAAAAGGAGAUAUUGAUGAUGGGGAAGGAUCAUAAGUUUAACCUCAAGUUGUUUAUUAACAACAUUUGUUAAGUUUAUCUAAAAUUAAGAACACUCCUGUAGUCCUUAUGUAAUUGUGAACACCAUAUAGUCUCCAUUGGAAAAUCAAAUGUCUUUUUGAGUUUUUGUUUUUUCUAAGGGAGUUGCUGGUUGCUGGGAUUUCAGUAAAAUGUUUGUAAUAGAAGAAUAGUAUGUACUAGGACUUGUCUUCUUGGGGUCUGGAAUAGUUGUAUGCCAGACAACUCUCCUCCCAUCUCAUCCAAGUGUUACUGCUCCAUAUUACUGCCUCAAAACAAGUAAUUCCCCAAUAAAUACUUCCACAUGUGUGAUGUCUUGUUAAAUACACUUCUGUUUACACUGCCUCUGUGGGCUAUCAGAACAUGAAUUUACCUUUAGAACUUUGUUAUAGCAGGUGAAGUACAUGAGUGUACUCAAAAAGUAUUACUGUGUUGUUCACUUGACCUUUUUCUCAUUUUUAGACCAAUAAAGGCCAACUACUUGUUGAAUGUCCCUGCAUAACAUUUACCACACUGCAAAUGAUCAUUGUUUGUAAUAUAUGGAAAUAAGCUGCAUCUGAUGUGAAUAAAGUGGUGUUAUCAUAACAGUCA